UUUCCUUUGGAGAAAAAAAAGUUUUCUUGGUGUGAAGAGGAGCCCUUUAACCUGAUUAAAUUUGGAGGAAUAACUUACAAGGCUUGAACAUUGUGGCCUGCUGUUUUUUGAUCUUGAGAGGGAAUAAGAAGACAUCAGAUAUUAGACCACAGUCUGAACAAUUUGUUAGAAGAUGUAGAGCCUGAAGCGUCUCAAUGGAACCAGCUUCAUGUGAUAUUGAUUCUUUCCGUAACCUGCAUUUGGAAAUGUGGUGGAACUGAAAAGUGCAGAGACCAGAAAAUUACUUGUGGAGUUAAAAAAUGUCCCACACUGUGACUUUCACCUUUCAGGACCUUGAGAAUGGAGACCCUGCCAGCCAAGACCUAAGUCCGUAUGAUGAAGGGGCCGUGCAUGAUUCCUUCCACCAGCUAAUUAAGGAGCAGAGCAGUUUGGCUGAGCAGGAGUUGGUGGAGAUGCAAGAUCUGACUAAGAGGAGCAAAGAAAAUCUGGUUCAUUCCUCAGAUCCGACUGGAACUUGGAACCCAAAUGCACAGCUGGUUGAGCACCCUGACUUCUCUUCCACCACACUGCGCAUCCUUGCGAAUAUGCCCAGCCGGACUAUUGGACGCAGCAGAGGAGCCAUCCUGUCCCAGUAUUGCAACCGCACUGCCAGACGACGGCGUCGGAGCAGCCGUGCUCCCCUCCAGGAAGUAUCCCGUUCUGCACGGCCUAGUUUUCGACAGAUAUCUCUAGAGUUGGAUUCCAGUUACAGAGAAGAAGACCCCAAGUAUAUUUUGCUGGUCAAAGAACUCCAGAACCUGCCAGUACAUCAACGCAAUCACAUGCUGCAGAUGAUGCCGCUAAGCUUGGCUGAGAAGCGCAGACUCAGACAGGAUUCAAGUGGGCAUUCAGGCACCUUGAGGAAACCCAAGCCAACGGGUCGCUUGUCUUACUGCAGCUGGAUUAAAUACCACAUCCUCAUAGUAAGCCAUGUACCCCACUUGACUUUUAUUCCCUGGCAUUAUUCCCUCAAGGAGAUCAGUGGCCGCUUUGGCUCUAGCAUCCUCUCCUAUUUCCUAUUCCUCAGGACAUUGCUCUUCUUCAAUCUCUUUAUGUUCCUGAUCCUGCUGGUCUUUGUAGUUGCUGUGCAGGCUGCUUUCCCUUCUGCCAUACCCAACAGUGUGGCUUUCACAGGAUCUGAACUCUUAACCGGAGCAGGCUACUUCAGUCACACUCUGAUGUAUUAUGGUUACUACAGUAAUUUCACACUGAAUGCCCCUGAUGCUUCUGAGGCUAAUAGCACCCAUUACAGGCAACACACGCAUAGCCAGAUGUCCUACAAUAUGCCUUUGGCUUACCUCUUUGUUACUGGAAGCGCCUUCUUUGGAAUCUGCUUUCUCUUGAUCUACAGUGUGUCUCACUCCUUUGGGGAAAGUUACCGUGUAGGCAGUGCAUCAAGUAACCUGGCAGUCAAAGUCUUCUGUUCCUGGGAUUACAAGGUGAUUCAGAAACGCUCAGUCCAACUCCAGAGUGAGAACAUUCGCACCCAUCUGAAGGAGUGUCUGGCUGAGCAGAGGCUGGAAUCCUGUUUAAGCUUUUCUAAGAAACUGCAGGAACUCGUAAUCUUGCUGGUGGCCUGGACUGUAUCCCUGAGCACUGUUGCAGGCACUGCCAUUGGUAUACAUUACUUUUCUGAAUACGUACACAAGGUUCUGCAUGAAGAGUUUUUGAAAAACAGCCAUGCUGGGAAAGAAUUGUUGCUCCUGGCCCUGCCUCUGGUUGUGUCUCUCAUUAACUUGCUUAUGCCGUAUUUGUACAACUACCUGGCUGCAUGGGAGAAACAGGAAUCUCCAGUCCUGAAGGUGUACGUUGCCAUUAGCAGGAAUUUAAUUCUCAAAAUGGUCAUCUUGGGCCUGCUGUCCUACCGUUGGCUAAGUUGGAAAGUGACCUCUUCAGAGAUUCAGUGCUGGGAAACCUUUGUGGGGCAGGAGCUGUACCGUUUGAUGAUUAUGGAUUUGAUUUUCAUUCUCCUGGAUGUCAUCUUUGGAGAGCUGAUAUGGAGGAUCAUAUUGGAAAAGAAGUUGCAAAGUAAACAGAGGCCUGAAUUUGACAUUGCUAGAAAUGUGCUAGAUUUGAUUUAUGGACAAACCCUAACCUGGCUUGGCGUCUUCUUUGCCCCACUUCUUCCUGUGGUCCAAAUCCUCAAAUUGCUCCUGUUGUUCUAUGUUAAGAAGGUCAGCUUGAUGAGAAAUUGUCAAUGUCCCAGUAAACCCUGGCGUGCUUCUCACAUGAGCACCAUCUUCAUCUCUUUGCUAUGUUUCCCUUCAUUCCUGGGCGCCUCCAUAUUCCUCUCCUAUACUAUCUGGGCAAUAAAACCAUCAGAAAUGUGUGGACCUUUUCAAACUUUUGAUACCAUCUAUGAUUCUUGGAAGGUAUGGGUACUAAAGCUGGAAGAAUCCAAUCCAAAUAUCACUUGGUUUACCUGGAUCCAUCAAAACCUCUUCCAAACUUCCUAUUUCCUGUUGUUAAUCAUUGCAAUGUUGAUUGCUGUGAUCUACUUCACCAUUGAGAUGAUAAAGGGUCUACGGAGUAUCAUUUCAAUACUAAAGAGCCAGAUUGCCAAUGAAAGAGAAGACAAGAAGUUUCUCAUUCAAAGACUUCAUAUUAUAUAUGAAAAAUGAAAGUACAACAGGGUGAAAAUGAGAUCCAUUUUCCCUUAGCAUCUUUACCAGUGAAUGUACCAAUUGAACCUUUUGCUGAAGGAUUUCUUAGGAAAAGGAAAACAGAUAUGGGACUAUCCAGAAAAGGUUUGAUGAACAUGUUCAUGCUGCUAAAGACAUCUGACGUUGACUCCCUUCACUUCCUGUAUGUGAAUGUCAUCUACCUUUAGCUGAAGAAGUUAUAUUCUGUUUGCUGGCCAUUCCAGUUUGUCUUCAGCCAAAUGGUAACCUUACCUGAACCAGACUAAGAGCUUCCAGACUUCCUGAAGAUUUUUACAGACAAUUUUUAUAACAGAGCAGUCAGAUUUAUAUUUUAUAAUGAGCAAUGGUCUAAGUACUUUGUUUUGCCAGGAUUAUGAAAUCUGUGACCUCACAUGGAAAGUGUAGAGUUACUGGAAAGAAAUCUUUCUUACACAGGACAUCAUGGCUUCAUAUUAUUAAAAAUGACUGCCUUUAAAAA